AUGCCCUUGUCUGCCCCGCCAAGGGCCUUCCUGCUGUCCUCGCUGAUCAUUACCACGUUUGGCUUUCUUACAGCUGCGUGUGAGGAGUUGGCUUUGUUUGCCUUGCGCCGCGCCUUCAGGCGUAGAAACAGGACAACGCUGCCGGACAGGUCCCUUCAUCGCGGGCCUAUGCGAACCUUCGAGCUUCGAAGGGAUCUGCGAACCUUCCCAGGCCUGCCAGUGGGCUUCGACAUCCUGGCUGAAGCGAUGCCCAGCUCAGGCCGCGGCAAGUUUGGCCUCUACAUGGAGUUUUUCUGGACAGCAGGAAGUCUUUACGUGACGGCGAUCGCAUGGCUGCUGCUGGAGCAGGUCGGCUGGCAGGUCUUCACAGGGGCGGCAGCCAUUCCGACUCUUGUGGCCUCCCUGGCCGGGUACUUCAGCCUCCCGGAGUCCCCACGCUGGCUGGUGGACAUGGACCGUGGAGAGGAGGCACUGGAAAUCGUCAAGAAGUGGGCCAAGAGAAAUGGUAACGACAUGAGGCAUGAGCAGCUGAUCAAGUCUGCGCAUCACACCGACAACGUUAGCGUAAUGGACCUCUUCCGUCGCAGUGCCCUGCGGUGGAAGACCUUCGCCCAUGGGGUGGUCUGGCAAGGACCCAAGACUGUCCCGAGAUCCCACAAAGAUGCCAUGUUUCGGCAAGUUCUCACUACGGGGGUGCGUCACAUCUUGUUUCCAUGA